AUGGUCAUCGAAAUAUUGGUGCUCGACCGGCUGAACCAGAUCAUCGAGCACCGGCUGGUGACGUCAGAGCUGCCGCCGCAGAUGCUGCAGCUGAAGAUCGGCGCCGGCCGCGUGCGCAUCACCGUCGAGCACGAGUUCCAGGUGUCGCUGACCCUGAUGGGUGACGGUCCCACCGUGCCCUGGACCCUGCUGGAGAUCGAGAUCCUGGUGGAGGACAAGGAGACCGGCGAGGGCAAGAGUCUGGUGCAUCCGCUGCAGGUGCACUACCUGCACCAGCUGGUGAGCUCGUACCUGGCCGACUCGGCGCGACCUCUGUACGACAUCUACACCAUCCUGCACUCGUUCAGUCAGAGUCUGCAGCUGGAGGUGCUGCACUCGCAGGUGGUACAGCUCUGCAGAGAUCGGCUAGGUGACAACGUGCGCGUGCACGAGUACCAGCCCGGCCGGCUGCUGGCCGUCUCAUACUGGCGGGAGGUGACGGGCCGAGAGGCGCGCUCGGAGCCGGGCUACGCGUGA